AUGACGGCAGCUGGAGCUAUGGAGCGGACAGGAGGGAGCGAGGCCAAGGCCUCCAAACCCGAGAACGAGACAACCAAAUCCAAGGAUCAGCGCGCGCCGACCACAGACGACAACAAGGGGGCUCCCAAGAAACGGCGCAAGGUGAAUCAUGCAUGCCUCUACUGCCGCCGAUCGCACAUGACGUGCGAUCUCUCGAAGAGCGCGAUAGCUCCUUCAACUGUUCAAGAUGCGGCGUCUCAGCCGGAUCUUGCCCGUAGCACGAUGAACUCGAACACGACGGGCAUGAGGCCGGGUUCCUUCGACGCAGCGGCCUUGGGCAACGGGCCGGGACAGGCGGCGAAGGCCGCCUUUGACGCCGCCACUCUGGCAAGCCGGAGUAAUAAUCCCCUCCAGCUCGUGCAACCUUCCCCCGUAUCGGGCUUUUCGGCCAGCGCUCUGGGCACUACCCUCAUUGCCGGCUUCUCGGAUGCCUGGCUGGCUUCCCAGAGCCAAUACCACGAUAUGCAUGCUCUGCACCCUAACUAUGUCAUCGCCCCCGAGGUGACGAACGAGUUCAAUCUCUUAAAUGACUUCCUGCAGACGAGCCUGCUAGACGACAACGCCCUCGUAUCAGAAGACCAGAACCAGUCAGGCUCGGCUUCAGGAUUUGGCAGUGGUAGUAACAACAACAACAACAACAACAACAACGCCAUGAUCCCGUCCAACGCUGUACCCGGGAGUUCCUUGCUCGCGCCCGGUAAUGCCGACCAGGGCAAGGCCAUCUCUCGUCCGGGCAGCACGAUGCCGAUCGACAAGACGCGUGAGUACUACCUCCAGGCGGCCGACCCGUCGGGCAACGCGUCGCCGGAGGAACGGAUGCGGCAAGUGCUGCAAGCCAAGUACGAGGCGGGGCUUCUGCGGCCGUUCAACUACGUUAAGGGGUACACGCGGCUCCAGAACUACCUCGACACGCACGUGGCGCCUGCAUCGAAGCAGAAGAUUCUGCGACAGCUCGACCGGUUCCGGCCAAAGUUCCGGGAGAAGAUGAAGGACCUUGUCGAUAUGGAUCUGAUCCUCGUCGAGAUGUGGUUCGAGAAGACUCUGAUGGAUUACGAUCGUGUGUUUGCCAGCAUGGCGGUCCCCGCGUGCUGCUGGAGGAGGACGGGCGAGAUUUUCAGGGGCAACAAAGAGAUGGCCGAACUUAUUCGGGUACCCGUUGAGGACCUGCGAGGCGGCAAGAUCUCGUUACACGAGAUCCUUACGGAGGAGUCUGUCGUGAGAUAUUGGGAAGAGUUUGGCACGAUCGCCUUUGACCCGCAGCACGACACGCUGCUCACGGCCUGCUCACUAAAAAGCCCGGACGACUCGGUGAACCACGUUGUGAACUGCUGCUUCUCGUUUAGGAUUCGCAGAGAUGAGCACAAGAUUCCACGAGCGAGAAACCAGCAGUUCGUGAUGCCGCCGGAGAGGACAAGCACCAAUGGCCCCCCAGACCAGAAGCGCAAGUUCGAGAAACGCAUUGAAGAUGCAGUGGCCCUAGCAACAAAACUUAAAUCCCUUCUCUCCAACUCCUGCCCCAAUCCCAACUCCGCCCCCGCCUUCGCCGGCGAAGAACCCUCCCUAAUCCAGGAUGUCCUCCGUCAAAUCGAGCGCCUACAUGCCUACUGCCAACAACACCAUCACGAACUGCUUGCUAAACACCAGCGUCAUCGCCAUGGCAAGGUCGUGCCCCUGAUUAUGCUCUACAUUCCUGGAAUAUCGGGAGACCCAGAAAUUGAUGCAGUCGCGACGGGGUUGUGGAAUAUUUGUGUUAGAUUGUUGAGGGAGGAUGCCAUCCAAGGGGGCCAAGAUGGGCAAGAGAGAGAAGGUGAGGAGAGAGAGGGAGGACAGUUGGUUGCAAGGAAGAAGGUUGGGCUGGGCGAGAAGUUGAGGAAGAAGCUGUAUCUGCAUGCGAAGGUCCUGGCGUUCUUUUUGUUGGGGGUUGCGAGGCCGAGGGAGAAUGGGGGGUAUGGGGUUGUGGUGAGGUUGAUGAAGCUGGGAUUGAAGGUUUUGAGGGAUUGUGUUGAUGCUGGGGAAAGCAAACUUGCUAGCUUGGUGGUACAGGUUGUGGCGGACUACAAGACUUGGCUACAUGAUGCCGCACAGAAGUUGCCAGAAGAAGAGGUUGUUGAAUGUCGGUGUUUGGAGGUGCAGUAUUUCAUCAUGAGGACAGCUAUGGCUUGGAUUGAGAACAGACUCGAUGUCGCAGAGCAUAUGUACACCCAAGCCAUGCAACUUCAUCAUUUUCUCACUGCAGAGUACGCGGAGAAGCUGGCAGAUGUUCUAUACGAGAUUGGAAAGUCGCUUUCCUCAAAAAAUGACUUUGUUACCGCGGUCAAGUGGUUGGAACGAGCGAAUGAGAUUAUCAAUGGCCCUGGACUGGAACGACUCUCCCGAGAAGGUAUUGAACUGCGGCUAGCCAUCUUACAAGCUCUCAUCACUACUUUACUUGGGACAGGCGUACCAGAGGACUUUGAGAAAGCCAAGCAGCUCGUCGACUUUAUCGAGUCAGAAAAUGGCAACAAGUUUGUCGUUUUACUGCUAAAAUUAGAGCUUCUGCAAAAGAAACCAGCGGAAAUAUUCGACGCCGAAGCAUAUGCGGAUGUGCUGCAACACAUCAUACGGAACUUUGCCUCAUCUGAGUCUGGAUUUAAGCUAGUCGCUAUGCGAGUUGAGGACCGCGAGCUUGCUGAGAAGUGUCUCGAGACAGUCAGCCAAGCAUCAGACCAUGUUGACUACCUUGGCGCCUGCAUAGCCGAGUCGCAAAAGUCCGGUGAUAUCCCCAUUGCAAUAUCUGCCCUGAGGAAACUUCAGGAGAGAUACGAGUAUACACAACCGAACCCUGUCCACCUCCCUGCCUUGUUUCGGUGCACCAUACGUCUGUUGAACCUAUUAAUUGAUAGGUCGGAAGGCGAUAAAGCAGCGAUUGUUGAAGAGCUUUGCAAGGAGUUCGAAGCAGUGGUGGCAGCCAUUGAGAAGCAAAAGCAGGAUGACGCCCCAGGAUGCAAACUAUUCACCAUGGACGAGCUGGAAUGGUUCAGCAGGAAUGCCUACAACCUUGCCCUCAAGAACACCACCAUAUGGGACUUACGAUGUACAGUCAGGAUGCUGACAGCCUGUGUCAAGAUCAUCAACCACUUUCCCCAAGAUAUUCCGUCUCGGACGGAGCUGUCCCUGAAGGCACUCUUCUGCCACUUCGUUGCGGCGUCUGCCCUGGUGUCUCUGGCAAGGACCCAAGACAAUAUCGAGAAGCAGCUACAGGAUUACGUCGACCUCCGGAAGCACGUCUUGGCCUUUGAUAGCGAAUUGCCUGAGUACCUGGCUCAAUUGGAUGAACAGUCGAGGGAUGACAUGCUCUGGAAGAACGCCACACUGCUGGCAUUCGACUUCGAGGCGGCUAUCGCGCUGAAGCAGUGGGACGAUUUGGGCGGUAUUGUACAAAGGGCAGUUCCCUGCAAGAAUAUUGUGGCUUUUCAGGCUAUGGCGGAUAGUCUGCUGAGAGCGCGUACUCCUGCACAAGUGUUGUACUCUAUCAUGCGCAAACUGGUUAACGAGAUCUGGGUCCUCGAGGCCUUUGACGCAGUCAAGCUGGCCAAGUACACUCGGUGUUUGUUCCAAGCUACACUGCCGCUUGAUGAUGAGCUUGCGAUGAAGUUGCUGGAUGAGGCGUGCAGUAAGGCCAGGGCGUUGCGAGAGAGUCAAGCUUGUUGGCCCGAAGAAGAGCUUGAGUGGAUGGCCACAACGGCAUUCAACCACGCUGCGGACUUUUAUGUCGCUAGGGAACUGGAAAGAGCCAAGGAAUGGGCGACGAAAGCGAUCAAUUUGGCACAUUGGUGCGGGGAUGGAGGAAGGUUGGAGGAGAUUUUACAGAGCAAGUACCUCAGGUUGAGGUUUGACAGCGAUGGGGUUGAUAUGGAGUGA